UCCCCCCUCCCCUCGCAGAGAAAAGGGUUGCGUAUCGUGUGUGUUGAUAGAAGGCUUGUUGCCUGUUGCUUAUUGAUCGAUCACAAUUGCGCGGGGAAGACCAAAGUCGUCCAAUUAAUCAUCAGCAUUGGUUCUAUAGCUGCCAUCCGAUAGUAUUACUUCGUCAGCAUGGCUCUCGAACCAGAUGAUGUCCGCUCAGAACAAAAAUUUGCUUGGGAGGAUGCUUCGAGCAUCAGGGAUUUGAUGAGAGACGGCGGCGUCACCUUUUCUGUGAAGGACCAGUUGGACGUUGGAGGCCGCCUUGAUUACGAGACGCCCGAAGAUGUGUUCGACCCAGACAGCUUGAUAGGCAGUGCUAACUUCAACACUUUAGACGCUGAGGAUCACUCGGGUAUGCCGUUCGAAGCCAUUAAAGAAAAAAUGGAGGACGUAACUCCAACUGGAUCUGUGAAAAAAAGAGUGCUCAGACAAGGUAUUGGUGAGAAACUCCCUAAGGAUUGCCUUGUCACAAUUCAUUACGAUGCCUACCUUGAAUUUAAUGAGGUACCCUAUGAUUCAAGCACAUUACGGGGGAAAGCUUGGGAGUUCGUCUUGGGAAAUUCAGGAGUUUUGAUUGGCCUGGACUUGGCUGUGGCAACUAUGCGGGAGAAGGAAAAGGCUGAGUUUAUAUUACAUCCAUCAGUGGCUUUCGGAAAAAUGGGGUGUCCUCCUCGGAUCCCUCAAGAUGCUGAACUAUUUUUUGUUAUUGAAGUAAUACGCUUUAAGAUUGGGUCAGAGGCAGCACUGGCUCGAGCCACAGAACUCACAUGGGAUACAGUGAAACCAGCAUUUAUAGCCCUGAACAAAGAGGGGAUCUCUCUCUACAAUGAAUGUAGAUACAAAGAAAGCAAAAUGAAGCUAGAAAAGGCCAAACGGCAGCUUGAGCAGUGCCAUUUGAAGAAUGAAGCUGAAGAGGAGGAGCAGAAGCAUUACUUGUUCAAAGUGUGUCUGAAUCUUGCCUUGGCUUUAAAUAAAAUGAAAGGUAGUGCGAGCUUUGCUCCUUCAGCAAUCAUGAAUUGCAAACAAGCUAAUGAAUAUAAACCAGGCAAUGCUAAAGUGCACCUCCAAUGGGGAAUUGCUUUGAUCACUCUCGGUGAGCUGGAAAGAGCAAGGGAUCACCUAGCGAUAGCCAAGAGGAAACUGCCAGGUGAUCAAGCUGUCAGCGAAGCCUGGGAGAAGCUGGAAAGGAAGAAGAAGCAUGAGAGGGAGGAGGAGACGCUUUUCUGGAAAAGGGCGGUCAACCCUACUGAAAAGCCUGACGAAAAGCAAGAAGAUGCAUUGUCAGGAGAAGCUGCUGAAAUUUUCAAGCAACUUAAGGAGUUUUCUUCUAAUCCAUCUGAGUCCUCUUUGACUUUGCCAAGUGGAGUGACAUCAAAAGAAAGAGAAGAAAUAGAAAUGUUAGCUGAGAAGCUCAAGUUAAAUAUGCAGUUUAGAGAUAAGUCUAUAUUAAUCACUAAGUCCUAAGAUGAGUUCUGAAUUUGAACUUUUCCUCUGCCUAUUGUGGACCCCUACCUGGGAGAGGGAUCUAUUUUAUUUUUAUUACUAAGGCCAUUUGUAAUUGUUGAAUUUUUGUUCAAUCUUUACGGCUGUUCAUAUGAAUUUACUAUACAUUUUUAUGCUUUUAUGCUGGAAUACAUUCACAUUAUACUUUUGAAAUAUUUU